GUCCAACAAUGGCGGCCUGCUUUGGGACGUGUAGGUUACAAAUUAAAGGAGCAGAAAGGUUCGUUGUACUGGGCCAAAAAUCAGGUUUACGAGCUCGGCGAAUACUCACCGGAUCCACAUUUGCUACUAAAGCACAGACAGUGAAAAAACCGCUACAAACUGGUGCUGCAGCAGCAGCAGACAAGGAAUCAUUUUCUGCUGUCCAAGAGGAAAGACAAGAACAAGCUGAGAGGUCUGUCCUCAUCAGCUGCCCUCCAAACAUCAACCAGAAAAGGUUCUUAGACUACUUCUCCAAACACGGACACAUACAGAACCAUUUCUUCUAUCAGUCUUAUGGUGUUUAUGCAGUGGUGGAAUUCUCUACAAAGGACAGCAUCAGCGCACUGAAAGCAAACUGUACCAUACCAAAUGUCCAGCAUGAAGCCGCUGUGCCUUUCAAAUCCCGUCUCCUCUCACUGAAAUGGACAGGGCAAGGUGGCCAGUCAAAGGCCUCAAACACGCUGAAGUUCCAAAAGCACUUGCCUAUUCCUAUCAAUGAGCUCACACAACAUCUCUCCAAACAAGAGAGUAUAGAUCAGCAGCUGCAGUGUCUGACUGAUCUGUAUCAGCUGACUGAGGAAAAUAUCAGUUUGCGCUUCUUGGUCUGUUCGCUGCUCAGAGACAUUGCUGCUGCCUAUUUCCCAGAAUGCGUCAUCAGGCCUUUUGGCUCCACUGUGAACAGCUUUGGAAAACUGGGAUGUGACCUGGACAUGUUCCUGGAUCUAGAUGGCAUUAGUGGGCAGAACCAGAGGAAGGGUUCUGGUCUGUCUCUUGAGUAUCAAGUAAAGCAGGGGACGUCAGAGCGGACGGUCACACAGAGUGUCCUGUCUGUUAUAGGGGAGUGUGUGGACCAGUUUGGCCCCGGCUGUGUGGGUGUUCAGAAAAUCCUCAAUGCCCGCUGCCCCCUUGUCAGAUUCGCUCACCAGCCUUCAGGCUUUCAGUGUGACCUCACAGCAAAUAACAGGGUGGCGAUGAAGAGCUCUGAGUUGCUGUUUGUGUAUGGGAAAUUGGAUGCACGUGUGCGACAUUUGGUGUUUGCAGUUCGGUGCUGGGCUCGUGUGCAUGGCAUCACCAGCAGCAUUCCUGGAGCCUGGAUCACCAAUUUCUCCCUUACAGUCCUCGUGGUGUUCUUCCUCCAGCGCAGGAUGCAUCCAUUACUGCCCACUGUGGACCAGCUCAGAGACCUGGCAGACCCUUCAGAUCAUUGCAUUAUUGAGGGGAAUGACUGCACGAUUGUCAGUGACCUGAGCAAGAUUAAGCUACAGAAAAACACAGAUACACUAGAGAAACUGCUGCAGGAGUUCUUUGAGUUUUAUGGGAAUUUUGCCUUCAGUUCAACAUCCAUCAACAUAAGAAAGGGAAAAGAGCAGAACAAACCUGAGUCGACCCCUCUGCACAUCCAGAACCCAUUCGAAACAGGUCUAAAUGUUAGCAAAAACGUGAACACAACUCAGCUGGAACGCUUCGUGGCACUGUGUCGUGAGAGCGCCUGGCUCCUUGAACAGAAGGAGGUGCUUAAACGAAGUGCUGGUCAAUCAGCAGACGUAAUCCCACCUUGGGGACUGGCUGCCCUCCUGUUGCCUUCAGUUGCUCAGUCAGCUGGGGUGAAGGGUCGCAGGAAGAGGAAGCAUCAUCCAGCGAGUGAGAGGAUAAAGACUUUACUGGAGUCACUAAAGAGCAACAGUGGAGGAGCAGGUGUGAAACAGAGUGCUGUUAAUGGUCACCACUAGGGGGCAGCAUGCUUCUGGACUCUAGUGGGGCUUGCGUGUGGGUACAAAACAACUGGGAAUAUUUCACAAACUCAAAGCGUCUAACCAAGUGGUGUUUAGUUCAGCUGAGUUAGGCUGUGGUGAGUCCAGCCUGGAGAAUCAGCUCCACUGUCUGCCUGUUUUACCGCAGCCCAGCCUGUUUGGACUACAAUAACAAAACGCCACAUCCACAAAAAAAAAAAAACGACAGUGCUUCUCUUUAGGUAUUGUUGGCUAUUUUAGCUUUGUGUAAACAGGAAGCCUGCUAACGUGUUGUUCCAUUGACUAAGAUGGAUAGCUGACAGUGGAGAUUCACUCACUGUGUUCAGAUUAAAGGGAUCAUGGCACUGUAAUGAACCAGACAGACAGCAUUGUGGUAUAAAGCCAUAUGGCUUUGCUCUGCCGUGAUGUGGACUUCAUCCUCCAAAUUAGUCUGCAUAAAGCAGAAAAACAUUUACCUUUAUCCUAUAUACAUAUAUAAAUAACUCUGUUUUAUAUGAGAUUAAAUUACUUUAACAAAAUGUCUGCUUUGUGGUACUUUGACAUUUCAAAAUCUAUCUUAUCUAUGGUCUUUUAAAAAAAAUAAGAAAAGAUUCUAUAGAGUGAUGCCAGCGAGGAACCAUUUUUCAUUUCUGACAGAAUUUCGAUGGACAAAAGAACUGAGGAAUCAUUUCUUAUUCUAAAUGUUUGCGUUUUUUUUUUGUUGUUGUUUGGUUGGUUGUUUUUUUUUUUUUGCUUGGUUUUUCACUUCUUUGAGGCACUAACAAAACUAGUUGUAGAAUUGUCUGAUGAAAGGUCUUUUGGACCAUGAUGAUAUUAUAAAAUUUUAGUUUUUUUUGGUUUUUUUUCCCCUCGCUGGACAAAGGGGAUUAUGUCGUGGCGAUUUCCGUCCGUCCAUCCAUCCCGGGAAGGGUGCUCACCUUCUAAAAUCAACUCCUCUCACAAUUUUUGGAGGAAUUUCACAAAACUUGGCAGGAUUCUUUGUUAUAUGUUGGUAAUACGCAUAUUGUAAUUUUUGUUCAAUUCGGUCACGUUUUACCAGAGUUAUAGCCCUUGAUUAACAAAAUUAUAAUUUGACAAUUUCAUGAGUGUGUUUUCCUUCUGAAAUCAACUCUUCUCACAAUUUUUGGAGGAAUUUCACGAAAUUGGUAAAAAGGCAUUGUUGUAUGUCAGUAGUACGCUUAUUGUUAUUUUGUUCAAUUUGGUCACAUUUUACCAGAGUUGUGGCCCUUGAUUAACAGCCUUGUACUUUCACAAUUUCAUGAACGUUUGCUUGGCUUCUGACAUCAACUCCUCUCACAAUUUGUGGAGGAAUUUCACCAAAACUUGGCAAAAGGCUUUGUUAUAUGACAGUUAUACACACGCUGAAAUUUCAUUUAAUUUGGGCAAAAUUUUACCAGAAUUAUGCCCUUGAUUUUUAACAAACUUGUACUUUGGCAAUUUCAUCAAGGUGUCCUUGCUUUCUGAAAUCAACGUCCCUCACAAGUUUUAUUAUCCCCCGCUGGCCGAAAGGCCUGAAGGGGGUUUAUGUCGUGGCGAUGUCGGUUCAUCCAUCCGUCCCAGGAAGGGUACUCUACUUCUGAAAUCAACUCCUCUCACAAUUUCUGGAGGAAUUUCACGAAACUUGGCAGGAUUCUUUGUUAUAUGUCGGUAAUAUGCAUACUGCAAUUUUGUUCAAUUCAGUCGCAUUUUACCAGAGUUAUGGCAUAGUUGCCAGUGGGGGAUAUUGUGCUCUCAGAGCACUCUUGUUAUUCUAGAGAUGGCACAAUACCACUUUUUUUUUCCCCUCUUCUUCGAUACCGAUACUGAAACCUUGAGUAUCAGUCAAUACUGAUACCCUUCUGAUAGUUUUCUUUAAAAACUGCUAAACUUUAAACUCUCACACAAAAAUCACUUGCACUGUAAAUUUAAUAAAGUGUAAAUAUAAUAAAAUCUGUUAUAACAAAAGACAUAACUCAGUUGAUUGGCUUUAUAUGGAAGUAGUUACUGAAUACUGGUAAUCAGAUUGGUGCCAUCUCUAUUUUAUUAUUUUCAUCCAUAUGUUAAUGGUUCUCCAGAGAACAAAAAAGAUUCACUGUCCAAACGUAUAGCUGACCACAGAAUCAAGCUUCUGCCAUGGCCAUCUCAGUCCCCUGACCUGAACCUCAUUGAAAACCUAUGGGGUGAGCUGAAGAGGACAGGGCCUUGGACCCUGGAUGGUCUGGAGAGAUUCUCUAAAGAGGAAUGGUCUCAGAUACCUUGCUGUGUAUUCUACAACCUUAUAAAGUCAUGUCUUGUUGGAAUACCCAGCUGUGUUCAAGUUUCAACAGUCUCGCUGAAGAAUUCUGAGGUAGUCCUCCUCCUUAAUUAUUCCCUCCACUUUUGUAUAAUCAUGCUUAACAGUUAGUACAGUGCUGUUGUGUUCGAUUGCCUCACUUUUACUCUUCCAAACAUACCUCUUAUUUCUGUGGCCAAAAACCUCAAUCUUUGUCUUAUCUGGCCAUAAAACUCUUUCCUCCGGAAAGCUUGUUCUUUGUCUAUGUAGUCAGCUGCAAAGUGGAACUUUGAGGUGUCGAUUUUGGAGCAGGGGCUUCUUUCUUGGACAGCAGCCUCUCAGUCCAUGGGGAUAUAAUACUCGCUUGACUAUAGAGUGUCCCAGCAGCUUCCAGUUCAUGGCAGGCCUGUGCCUUGGUGGUUCCUGACCAUCCGAACCAAUUUCCUCUGUCAGCAGAGGGUGACCGUAUGGGUUUUCUUCCAGACCUUGGCAAAGUGGCUACACCUCCCAAUAAUCUGUAUUUGUCAAACAAACCCUUUUUUAAUGUUGGCACAGAGAAACUACUAGCUGUAGUCAAUCAUGAUCACUAACAGGAAGUUAAGAAUCCCUGGCAAGUUAAGACAUUUUGGAAGUUUCAGCACCACCGAGUUAAUAAUUUAAGUGGUGUAUGUAUAAUUUUGACUCGGUGUGUAUAAUUUUGAUCUUGCAUUCAUUUCAGA